AUGUCAUCUACUAGCACUACUGAUUCGACCAAGAACGUUGCUAUGGAUCAGCCAAUGGUAACAUACUCAAGUGUAGCAGCUACACCGAAGAUGACGUCUUCGCCAGCUCCUUCGACAAUACCGCAGAUACCGUGGGGAUUCCCGUAUAAUAUAUGGAGCAAUCCCCAUCUUUUCAAUCAAGCAUUUCCCGGAUUGGGAAUGAUGCAAACCAUUCCCGGUCCGGUUGCACCUUCACCACCAGGUUUUCAACCGAUUGCAUCUUCUCCUCCUAUCUCCGAGUCGUCCACUUCCACGUCUACCAUCUCAAAAGCGACUACUUCCUCACCUGCUGAUGAGACAUCUAUUUCUUCUUCUCCUCUCAUCUCCGAGCCGUCCACUUCCACGUCUACUAUCUCAAAAGCAUCUACUUCCACGCCUGCUGACGAGACAUCUAUUUCUUCUUCUCCUCUCAUCUCCGAGCCGUCCACUUCCACAUCUACCAUCUCAAAAGCGACUACUUCUUCACCUAUGGUCAAAACGUCUUCAGCUACCAUCUCAAAACCGACUACACAUGGUCCUAUCAUUGACGAGGAGACCACUGUCAUGAGG